CGCAUGCGCGUUGAAUGUGUGUCAGAUCCAACUCCACGCGCCCAUUACCCACGGCGUCAGUUGUUGGGAAGAGGCCAUUGUGUGAGGGUGAAUUCGAGGCGAGCAGUUGCAAGUAGCUUGAAAGGCGCUAACACGAUGGCGAUAAACAGAGUUCAUCUUCUUAAGUUCUUCGAGCUUGCGCUUGCCAUUAUCUGCAUGGCCCUUCAUUACCACAGUCAGACGGGAAGCAACUCAUUCCACGAACUCAUGAUAAUCAGCGCUGCAUUCGGAGGUUACAUUGUUAUUUUGGUUGGCAUACUGACAGGCAUCUUUACUGGUCAGCCUGUCAACAAGCGAAUAGACAUUUUCUACAGCUUGGUCGGCUGUGCCCUGUUCAUUGCCGCCGGAUCCUUCGUAAUACAGUAUUUCGACAGAUACUAUGGCUCGAAGGAAACUCGAAACAUCGGCCUCUCCAAGGGGGCCAUUGCGAUCAUCAACGGAGUCGUGUUCCUCGUUGACUCGGUUCUCAGCUUCCGCGGGGAAUAAAUCUCACACCUUUUCAAUUUAAUAUGGGUUAAUAUGCAAAGGACCCUCAUAUUUUGUAACUCAGUGUUUCGGUUGUGUUUAACUGAAUAUUUUGAAUUUAUAAUUUAAUCAGAAGUCUAGAUUAUUUUUCAUUUCAUAUCUUCUGUACAUACAUGUAUGACCUCAUAACCAAUAGGUGUAUACUAAACACAAAAUUAAUAAUUACAAAGUUAAUUUUAUAAUUUUCCUGAACGUUGGCACACACGUCCGAAUGAAUGUUCUAAUCACAAGGUAAACACACGGCGUGACUAUUAUCUAUUUUACAAAUUAACUGUGCGACACAGGUAACACGUGUGGAAAACGACAUUAAUUUAAUUGCUUUUGAUGUUAAUAGUGCAACUGAAUAUAAAUUUUCUGUUUCAAAUCAGUAACAAAGAGCAGAAUAUUACGAAGAAACCAAAUAUAAAUUCUUUAUUCUUAUUUUUAUUUUGACUGUGUAUAAAAUGGAAAAGCCUUAAAGUGUUCAAUUGUAAGUCGUUACAUAUUAUUGUAAAAAUAACCAUUUUAAUAACACUGAACUGUAUUACUUUUUGA